AGCGCCGGGUGACAUAUGUCGAUACCUCAGCACCGGCCUGAAGUGCAGCCGUAAAAGGUGCGGCAGCUGCGGUGGUUCGGCGCAGUGAAGAUGCGUAGUCUUAUUUUGUUCGUCGCCGCUAUCUCGCUCAUCGGAGUGUGCGCGAGCAAUGACAUUCCUCAUGUGGCACCACAAGAUCCUCCUGCGCUAGCACUACCAGAUGUAUGCUCAGACUUCGGAAAGAACUUCUGUGGCAGCGCAAAAUGUGAGGUGGUCCCUGGUAAAACGGACGCUUUCGUAUGCAGAUGUGAGCGAAAUGACACGUAUUACGAUGCUGCAGAAAGAACGUGCUUAUUUAAAAGAACGUGUAAAACCACCGAGUGUACCAUUGGCACGUGCAUUGAAAGUGGGCCAAACAAAGCUAGGUGUGGCUGCCCAAAGAUUGACUCUCUAUUGGUUAACUGCCAAAUUCGCGAUUGGUUCGUUCAAGACUGCAAGACAAAGGGUGGCACGGCUGUGCUGCGUGAGAGUUGGUCUUUUGGUGCAAAGUGCGACUGCGGGGAAUGGGCUGUGAUGGACCGCAACAAGAGCAAGUGUGUUCCUACUACAUGCCUGCGUCCUGACUUGACAUGCAAGGACCUCUGCGAGAAAAAGCUGCUUGAGAAGGAUAAUCGCUGCUGUCAAGGAUGGAACUCCACAGACUGCUCAGCGGUUCCUCAAGAUGACACUUAUUGCUCACCUGGUAGCAUCAUGGGGAAGAGCGGAACCUGCGAAGAUGCUUGCACUGCAAAAGAAGCGAAGUUUGUCUGCGUCAAUGGAUGCAGGAAGACAAUGAACUCGACGAGAGCCUACGAAUGCACGUGCGACAAUAACUACGUGGUCGCUGAAGACGGCAUUACUUGCAAAGCUGUGCAGACGACACGCGCUUGCAACGAAGAGCAAAAGAAGACCUGCCUAGUUCCUAACCAGAUAUGCCGCGUGGUGAAAAAUAGGCCAAUCUGUAUAUGCCCAUUAACUCACCAGCGAGCGAACGGCCAAUGCACAAGUCGAUGCACCGAAAAUACAUGUCACGAGGACUUUACGGACUGUGGCGUGUACAUGGGCAAACAAAGCUGCUUCUGUCCAUGGACAAGUAGGAAGCCGCCGGGCGCAGUUUACAUCAAAGAAUGCAUUCUGAGAGAGUAUUACUACACUGUUUCCUUCACGCCUAACAUCUCACUUGACGCUAACAAUUGCAAGUUGUACGAGGGCCGUGUUCUCGAAGCGAUGAAAACGAAUAUCGGAACAGAAGUUUUUAUGGUUGAGAUACUGAACUGCACGGAGAAAAUCAAGGCGAGACUUAUAUCAGCGAAGCCACUUUCGAAGUACUUGCUAAAAAGGCUUCAAACAUGCGAGCAUCCCGAUGGUGACUUGUGCAUGCUGUAUCCGAAGUUACCAAUCAAGAAGGACACUGCAACAGAAAUCGAAGAAGAAAAUCUUUGUAACAGUCUUCUCAAGGUUCAGGAGGAAGCCUACGACGGAGUGAACGAGUGCGUUAAGGACAAGGACAAGGAUUUAUUCUGGUUCAAGUGCGUGGCUGGCUACGAAGCCGUGGGCUACGUCACAGUAGGCCGUGUGCGCCGCUCUAUCUGCGAGCCUCGACUGUCGUGCACCCGGAAAAAAAUGUUGGAAUGUUCCAAGAAGGGACAAAUAUGCGUCUACGAAGACGAAAAAUCAAAGUGCCGGUGUCCGCUGGGUACGGUUGCAGGGCAAGACGGUUGCUCUGAAGUUCCAGAUUCUUGCAAUGAAGAAGAAAAUAAUAAGUGCACGAGCAGUGGGCAGCGUUGUGUCAUGGAAAACCAAAAGGCUGUUUGUAAAGAAGCGUCAAAUACACCAGCAACAAAGGAGGUGGAUCCAGAAGUUCCAGAUGCUUGCAGUGAAGAAGAAAGUAAUAAGUGCACGAGCAGUGGGCAGCGUUGUGUCAUGGAAAACCAAAAGGCUGUUUGUAAAGAAGCGUCAAAUACACCAGCAACAAAGGAGGUGGAUCCAGCUUCGUCUCAAUGCAGUGAAGAAGUCAGAAAGAAGUGCACCAAGAAAGGCGCGGAGUGUGUUACAGUGGAUGGAAAGGCAGUCUGCAAAUGUCCUGAAGGAAAAGUUGAAACGUCGCAAGGUUGUUCAGAUCCUGGACCAUCAAGUGCUGUCACGGUGUCGUCUACAACGCUUUUGUUACUGGCCGCCAUGACUGCAGCUGCCGCUGCAUAGUCGUGAGGAUGAUUACCAGUUUGAGUGUGGAGAAGUGUUAGAAGUACACAGAAGAAGCUUACGCCAAAUACCAAACUGGAUCUUCGGAAGUUAUAAAUUGCGCACAGUUUGUUUGGCACAACAAAUUGUGCACAACGGUUCAGUUGUGAAUAACAGUGAAGCUCAGGUGCAAAUUCUUUCCUUGUUUAAAAAGAUCAAAAACACAAACGUGUUCUUCUGAAGUAUCUGCUCAACCUGAAAUAGAAUUAGUUCUCUUUAAAAAAAAGUGAUGUGACAGAUGAAUGAAACUCUUCUUGUUGACCUCCAAGCGCUUCAUAAAAAAUAUGCCAAGUUAGAAGUACGAAAAACUACAACAGAACUCUAAUAAAACUUUACUAAAAAGCUGUAAGACCAAGUUCACAAAGUCGUAGCAAGAAGGAAUCCCGAAUCUCAAAAGGCACCUGUCAUUCAACUUGAUUUUCACUACUUGUCGUAUUCGACUACAUAACCUAAGCUGAUGGGCAUCAGUUAGGAGGUUUACGUCGGUGGCACAUUAUUAAACGACAAGAUGCUAAAACUACUUACAUAAACACACUGGUAAAUGCUAUAUAUUGAAGCAACAGAAAUUGGAUACAGCCUAACCAAGUUGUGACGAAAAAGCUUAUUCGCUAAACAUACUUCGAUACACCAGGUAAUAUUGUUAUUUCCAAUGCAGGGGGGGGGGAUAAAAAGCAAUCACGAAAUUACUUUAUUGGAAACAAUACUACGCGUAGCCGGCAGUACUUUUAGUCUUUGCCUUCAACACUUUCUAAAUGUCAGCAGGAGUGGCGUUCUCAAUGCUCGAGAUUCUGUAGACCUGCUCCAGUACAUUUCGCUGAAUGUCGGCUUCCAGUACACUUUUGGUAGCUUCUGGCAGUGUUCCGUGCAUUCUUGCGCGUGUGCUUGAGAUUAUAAGAACGACAAAAACAAUACCUCUUCUGAACGCUGUCUUCGCGCAUGCAAAAGGCAUUGCGGCGCUAGCAGUGGACGCCCCCAAUCAGAUGCGGGGAAAGCAGUGCAUGCCGUUCGUUAUGAAUAAUUUAUUUUGCAUCAUUAUCGGUCAGUGAAUUUCACGCUUUCGUUAUUGAAAACGCUUCAUCCAGGUUCGCCUACACAGGUUUGUCAUAUACUGGUAUAGUAUAGUUAUGGACGAAUAUAGGUACUUAUCCAGGCGAAUGUAACAAUAAUGAGGCCUUGCUAAUAUUAUGAACGUAGCAACUUCCUCACAUCACGCAUUUAUUAGGAAAAAUAGCUUUUUUCUUGCAGGCUAUGACCAUUAUAUGAUUCAGAUCACUGGGUGGCACCGGAAAGAAAUGUUGAGCAGGUACCUAUGCUUCUAAACAUCGAUGAACAAAAAAAUGUUUUUUAUGCACCCCAUUUUAAAGAAUGUAUAAAACCCUUUCUCUUACAUUCUCAAAUUCAUUAUAAAUAAAAUGCUAUUGUACUGACAUUUUGUUAUGCACUGUAUAUGUAUGUUUCUAUCUGCACUGUCAUGUGAAAGUACGUACCAAUAAUUUUUUUUCAAGCAUAGAAUGUAUAUUCAUGUAAUAAUUGUAUAAAUCGGUCUUGUUUAUUUGUAUUUUCUACAUUGCCCUCACUCGUUUUUGUGCUGUAUUUGCUUUGAAUAUAAUUGCCGAACGCGCUUAGGAGCAAGAGCCUCUGUCAGGCCACAUGGCCUUGAGCUCUUGUUCCUUUUUCUGUAACAAAGAAAGAAAUAAACUUCAAAUUCAACUUUAA